AUUUUAUCUAGAAUCAUGUCGUGCUAGACUAAUGAUCAGGCGCUGAGGUAAGCUCUGUUGUCGGCCGCAUAGAAAACAAUAAUAUUGAGCAACCUAUUGCGGCGUUCGCUCACAGUUUAACAACGGACAUUGCAAUGGGAGUAUAGUCGGAACUCCCUAAGGAUACACCUUUUGAUACAAGUACAACCGUGAUCGUGAGGAUAUUGCAUUAAAAACGCAUUGCUCGACUCGCUCCAGGGCGCACAACAAUGAGGUAGCGUUACGUUCCAUUCAAAAGAAGCUGUUUUGAAGGUCACUGGGGAUGCAGCCAAACAGGAUAACACGGAUACCAUCUGCACAUGUAUCCACGGAGCCAACUGAAAUACAAACGGUUAAACUGGCCAUACUAGGCGCUCCGAAUGUUGGCAAAACGAGCAUCAUAGAACAGUUCGUCUGCAACACAUUUCACAGUGAAUACGACCCAACAGUUCAAAAACAAUUCUAUUAUUCAUCAGUAAUAUUUAAUGAUACCAUUUUUGAGAUUAAAAUCAUCGACUGCCCCGUGAUUCCUUACUUCCCUUUAGACUCUUUCUACGAAUGGGCGGACUACAGAGGAUAUGGUUUAAGAUCAGCCACGGCGUAUAUUUUAGUUUAUGACAUAACGUCUGACGACAGUUUCCAAUAUGUCCGCAUUAUGCGGGAACAAAUAUUGGAGAGUCGUCUUCACGACAUUCCGAUUAUCAUUGUCGCAAAUAAGUUCGAUCUCAGCCCCGACAAGGGUGUGUCUGGGCGCAGAGAGGUUGCAAACCUGGUUAAAAAGCAAUGGAAAUGUGGAUAUAUAGAAUGCUCAGCCAAACAGAACUGGCACGUUGUUUUACUCUUCAAGGAGGUGCUCAAAUGUGUGGACUGCAUGGAAUCCAAUCACAAAACUACAGCAGAUAGGGUUCAAGAUGCCCUGCGUAGAAAUCGAUGUACAAUUUUAUGACGACGCUAGCUACUGUGAUGUAAUAGUGAACUGUAAAACACGCACUUUUACCAGUUGAACCCUUCAUUUCAACGAGCUAUUCAAGCAGCAUGAACUUUCAUAUUCACUUGGGUAAAGCAGACCCGAUGGUACAAUGAGCUUGCUCGACGAUAGCAUGGCUGUGUCACGGGGCUAUAACGAGCUUGGUGGUAUGUUCAGCUACUCAACGUGGCUCAAAUGUUCACAGUAUCAUCGUUUCUGCUUUACCCCCCCCCCCCCUCCCCCCGUGAUAUUGAUACAGAUGUACUCUCUCCAGUCCCAGAUUUAGGUGUGUCACGUGAUAACGCACAUUUUGACUUGCUAUUUUAAUAAGACAAGUGAAACCUAGAAGAAGAGUUUUUGUUUUAUCACUCGUCAGGUGACAACAAUUUAUAAGCUUGUUCCUUUUUGAAAUAUAUAAGCGAACUCAGAAAAUGAUAGAAACUAAGAGGGGGAAUAACCCCAGGGUUCAGAGAU